GCCCGGCGGCGGCGGCGGCGGCGGCGGUGGCGGCGGCGGCGGGGGGGGGCUGCGGGCGCUGGGCCCUGUUGUGUGGGAGCCGCUGGGGCCGCGCCGCUGCCCGUCCGCGGCGAACCGGCCCCGCCGCCCCCCGCCAUGGAGGAUCCGUCGCGGCUGCUGGCGGCGGCGCACGGCGGCGGGGUGACCCUACCCGGCGGAAUCCCACCGCCCCCUCCGUCAGCCGCCGGGGAUCCGGCCGCCGCGCCCCCACCGGGGCAGCCGCCGCCGCCACCGCCCGCGCAUCACGACACGGGCGACGUCCUACAGCAGAUCAUGGCUAUCACCGACCAGAGCCUGGACGAGGCCCAGGCCAGAAAACAUGCCUUGAACUGCCACAGAAUGAAGCCUGCUCUUUUCAGCGUGCUGUGUGAGAUCAAGGAGAAAACAGAAUCAUCUAGGUUGGAAAAGACCUCUAACAUCAUCUUCUUGUUAAGUAUUCGCGGUAUUCAGGAAGAAGAUCCCCCAGAUGCUCAACUAAUGAGACUAGAUAACAUGUUGCUGGCAGAGGGUGUCUCCGGGCCCGAGAAAAGAGGAAGAGGAGGACCGAUGGCUGUAGCAGCAACAUCAGGUGGCUGUCCAAAUGACAAUAGCAUUGAACACUCUGACUACAGGGCCAAGCUGUCACAGAUCCGACAGAUAUACCACUCUGAGCUAGAGAAAUAUGAACAGGCCUGCAGUGAGUUCACCACCCACGUUAUGAACCUGCUUAGGGAACAGAGUAGAACGAGACCAAUUUCGCCAAAAGAAAUAGAGCGCAUGGUGAACAUAAUCCACGGCAAAUUCAGCACCAUCCAGAUGCAACUGAAGCAGAGCACGUGCGAGGCAGUUAUGAUCCUGCGUUCACGCUUUCUUGAUGCAAGGCGUAAACGACGUAACUUCAGCAAACAGGCAACGGAAGUACUGAAUGAGUAUUUCUAUUCGCAUCUGAGUAAUCCUUACCCCAGUGAAGAGGCCAAAGAAGAGCUAGCGAAGAAAGGUGGCAUCACGGUUUCACAGGUUUCCAACUGGUUUGGUAACAAAAGAAUUCGAUACAAAAAAAACAUGGGGAAGUUCCAAGAAGAAGCCAAUAUUUAUGCUGCAAAAACAGCAGUGGAUGCAACUAAUGUCGUGGCUCAAGGCAACCAGGCAAAUUCUCCGUCUACACCAAAUUCAGCUUCCUCUGGCUCUUUUAAGAUGACAAAUUCCGGAGAUUCGUUUAUAAACUUGCAGUCAUUGACUUCCUACCAGAGCUCCCCAGUGGGAGCCAAUGUGCAGUCGCAGAUGGAUUCCUUACAUCACGUCAUACACCAGACAGGAAGAUAUGACACAAUUGUGGGGAAUCCUUUGUAUACGACGCAGCGCAUAGAUGUAAGAUGUACUGAGGCUAAUGGCAGCUGGCAGGAUGCUACCACCCCUUCAUCAAUCACUUCACCUGCUGGAGACCCUGGAAGUGUUAAUUCGGAUGCGUCUAAUUAAGUUUUUAGGACCUAUUGAUGAGAGGAAAGAGGUCAUUAGUGUAAUUUGUCAAUGUUGCUCUUUUGCCAAUACUAUUGUUUAUACAACUUGACACACAGCUAAUUACCUCAGAAAAAACCCUGGAACCAAUAGAAGAUUGUGAUUACAAUGAUACCUCUCUACCUCUCAGCCUCACGCAGUUGAGUUCUUUUUACUUAUGCCCAUUGGGAUGUGAAAUUGUUUUAAAAGAACUUGCUUCAUUUUCCUAACCAAAUUCAUUUUUUAAAAUAUGGAUUUUAUGGUAAGAAUCUGAAAGUGUCUCUUCUAGAACUUGGCAUUUGUCUCAAGUUUUACAGCUUAAGAAAAUUGACUUAUUUUAAUUUCCAUAAAGUUUUUUACUAUGAAAUUUCUGUUCUAGUUGAUAGCUACUAACAGUUAAACCCCCUGUAUUGUAAUUGUAUGCGUUCUCUGUAUUGUAAUUUUGUAUAGGAAAAUAAGCUUUUCUUAACUAGAAUUCAUUCUGAGCUAAUUAAUCAGAACGUUGCUUUACCAAAACUCUCACUGGACUUUGCUCUCGGGUAGGACCUUCCAUCCUGUGUCAUUCCACGUAAUUCUAAUUUAAUGUCUAGUAAAAAGAAAAAAAAAAAAAAACAACCCACAACAAACCAACAACCCCCCCCGACUUCCCCAUGGAUAAUAGGUUUUUGUGCAUUUCUGCAGCUGUUAACGCAGAGUCCACCCUUUUCAGUUGAGAUUUUAUCAAAGAUAAUAAACUUCCAAAGCCUU